CAUUCCUCCUUCAAUGGAGACUUUUACCCCCACGUCGACGGUCCUUCCGUUCGCGAAAAAGCCCGGAGGAGCGUCAGGGUUCGUUCGAACGUGGACGCGCACCAACCGCAGAGCUGGGAACUGAGUGGGACUCCGAGUUUCGACACGUCAACAUUCUCCGGCAGUUUGAGCGUUAUAUAGAUACCCUCCCGAGCUCCAACCGGCCCCGACGAAGCCCAGCGUGCCGCCAUGAAGUUCAGCCUAAACCCAGUCACGCUGUCGCACCAGAUCCGUCAGAUGGGCGACCCCAGGACGCGAGACUACCCGCUCGUCCUGGAGCCCCUGUUCGUCGUGACGCUCCUGGCCGCCUACCUCUACUUCGUUAAGGUGGCCGGCCCGCGCUGGAUGAAGAAUCGGGAGCCGUUCCGCAUACUCAACAUCGUGCGCGUCUACAACUUGGCGUUGGUGCUCAUCAACCUGCGGUUCCUCUACGUGGUACUUCAGUUCACCUACCUGCCCGGCGGCCAGUACAACCUCUGGUGCCAGGGCAUCACCGGUCAAAUGACCGACGACAUGCGCGAGUACUACCGCACGGGCUACGUGUACACGGUGUCCCGCUACAUGGACCUCCUGGACACCGUCUUCUUCGUGCUGCGCAAGAAGUUCACCCACGUGACCCACCUGCACGUGAUCCACCACACCAUCGUGGUCGGCAACGUCUGGUUCUACACGCUGUUCGCGCCCGAGGGCCAGGUCGCGCUGGGGAUGUGUCUGAACGUCUUCGUCCACGUCGUCAUGUACUCGUACUACUUCCUGGCCACGCUGGGGCCCGGCGUGCGGAAGUACCUCUGGUGGAAGAAGUACCUGACCACCAUGCAGAUCGUGCAGUUCGUCAUCAUAAUCGUUCACAUGUCCAUUCCGCUGUUCGUGGAGUGCGGCUUUCCGAAGAAGCUCAUCAUCAUGGGAAACCUGCAGACGUUCCUGAUACUCUGUUUGUUCAUCAACUUCUACAUCAAGACUUACCUCGCCAGGCCCAGUCACCCCGCUCGGCAGGACCUUGAUGGCGUGAAGGACGCCGUGGGCGAACCACUAAGAAAUGGGAAGAGCGACUAAAGGCCGCAUGCUUGGGCCGGAUGACCUCAAACCCCUUGAACCUUUACAAUUACCUUUGAAAGCUGCUGCCAAGAGCUUCGAAGACGUGCCUGUGGUGUAGAUCGCAUCAUCAGAUCGCAUUUCCGGAGUGCUGAGAGGUACCUUAAGAAGCACUGACUGUUCGGUAGUCUUGAACUCGUAUUCACGCAUGAUGCUGACUACAAACACGAAACAGACAGCACUCGCAAUUAGGUAGCUCUGGCUUGUUCGUAUAACGUGUUACCCUUCAAGGAAUACAUGGUCGGUGAAGGCACGGAUAACAGCCACAACACUGGUAGCGACACCUUGUGCUGGAUUGUCGUACGACAACGCGGUAGAAACGUUUCUUUGCCGCAUGAGUACUUCCCGUCGAAGCAAAAAGAACUGCAUGUGGACGAAGACAUCGCUGGUGGCGCUUUACACCAACAGCUGAGUAGUAUGUGCGUAGUUACUCGCUAAAACCUUUGUGUCCUCUCUGGUUCUGCACAUGCACUGCUCGAUGGAAACUGAGUGACAAGGUGGCGCCGCUAGCACGGCUGCUCACGCCUACGUCCCUAUUUUUAACCGAUAUUCUGUGUAAUGCCAUGCUAAUGCGCGUGAUGAUCAUUUUUAAAUUUUACGGAAUUUUCAGAUUGGCUGUGACAGGUGGCAUAAUUCUUGUUGAAAUGAAACAUCCGAAUCGGCGGACAUUACUAGCGCAACAAAUGGCAGCACAUAAUAAACUAAUUAACUUCCUAACUAAUUACCUUACGGCACGUAUUGCUAUUGACAAAUUGUAGCCGGUGAGCUUGGAGGACCUAUCCACUUGAAAUAAAUUUCCAGGAUGACACCAGUUUCGAGAUAUUAAUUUCCAAAGUUGGGGACGAAAUACACAGGCGUUCCAGCUACUUUUGUGUUUCAAUGCAUAAAAGAUCGUUUUGUUAAAAGAGUUAAGUGGAAAAGUGCACUUUUACUGUGAAUUUGAUGGCGCAUAUCUCCCCACUGUUGUCAUUCUGGAAAUUCAUUCCAAGCACAUAUGCCUUGCAAACUCAAUUCGUGAAUUACAAUAUGUUCCGGAAAGUAAUUAAUGAAGAACUACAUAUGUACAUAUAUAUAUUUGCUUUUCCUUGAAGAGCCCACAAACUUCCCUCAGACAGAGCAUAUGACAUGACGCUACUUUUAGAUGUUUUGAACUCGCAGAGAAAAUUAUCUAACUGCAAUAAACCAAUUUCAGCAAUAGAAUUCAGGUAGUAAGAGGUUAACCCUCUGUGAGACAGGCACAAUAACCUCGGUGCAGACGACCUUACGUAUUUCUUGAUCAAGCCUCCAGAUAACUCAACCAAAGUGGUACGUUUUGCAGUUUCCAGCUUGACCUCUACUUUCAUGGCAACUUCAUUACGGCUGUGGCAAAGUACAGGUAAAGGUGCUCCCUCUUUUCCGCUAACGCAUGUUAACUAAUGUUAAGAGAUGUUUAACAUUCUUGGCAUAUGUCCCUCCCGAGAUCAUCCACCAUCGUGCAAGGAAAAAGUGCGUUGCUCGGAUGAAAAAAAAAAUAACUUGUGAUAGAAGGAUAGGAAUGGAGAGCAAGGGCUGUGUGUUUUCUACGCGCCACUAAAUAACGCAGCGACAUACAAAAAGCAUAUGUCAUUGGUCGUGUAUAAAGUGUUAUUACC